AACUGUAGGGUAGCAAACCGUAUGGGAUCAUAGCCAUUGUAAUCCCAAUAUCCUAUCCAGUAUCCGCUUUCACCCAGCUCUUUCUUUCUUAACAGUCAAAUAACAAACAUCAAUCUCUUCAAAUCCAUUUCAAUCUCCCUUUUCUUCUUCCUCUUCUUCUCUAUCGAGUUCUCUAGCUUCCAAUGGAGACGCUAGUUUAUUCUCAAUGUACAACCCACGGCGGCGGCGUACUCAAAUCUGGCGGCGGUGGCGCCGUCUCUGUUCUCGGCUUCCCCCUCCAACAUCUUAAGCCCCACACUCUUCCUGGUUCAAAGAAAAAGCAGAGCUUUGGUGCCAUAAAAGCUUCUCUUGCCAAGACUGAAGUUGCACUUCUCAGAAUUGGCACUAGAGGAAGCCCGUUAGCACUUGCUCAAGCUCAUGAGACGCGUAACAAACUCAUGGCUUCCCAUCCUGAGCUAGCUGAAGAAGGGGCUAUAGAAAUUGUUGUAAUAAAGACAACCGGGGAUAAAAUCCUGAGUCAACCACUUGCGGACAUUGGUGGGAAGGGCUUGUUCACAAAAGAAAUCGAUGAGGCUUUGAUAAAUGGUGAUAUCGACAUUGCCGUCCACUCAAUGAAGGACGUUCCUACUUAUUUACCAGAGAAGACGAUUCUUCCUUGCAACCUAAAGCGUGAGGAUGUUCGUGAUGCAUUCAUUUCCUUGAGUGCUUCUUCUUUGGCUGAGCUUCCUGCGGGGAGUGUCGUUGGUACUGCAUCACUUAGAAGAAAGUCACAAAUACUCCAUAGAUAUCCAUCACUCAAGGUGGAGGAUAAUUUCCGGGGCAAUGUACAAACACGGUUAAGAAAACUUAAUGAAGGGGUCGUCCAGGCAACUUUGUUGGCAUUAGCGGGACUUAGACGCUUGAGCAUGACGGAAAAAGUUACUUCUACUCUUUCAAUUGAUGAAAUGCUACCAGCUGUUGCACAGGGUGCUAUUGGAAUUGCUUGUCGUAGCGAUGAUGAAAAAAUGGCCAGUUACCUAGCUUCAUUAAAUCACGAGGAAACACGAUUGGCAGUUUCAUGUGAGAGGGCCUUUCUGUUGACACUUGACGGGUCUUGCCGAACUCCUAUAGCUGGAUAUGCUUCCAAAGACGAGGAUGGCAAUUGCAUAUUUAAAGGAUUGGUAGCUUCUCCUGAUGGAACUCGCGUGCUUGAAACUUCAAGAAAAGGCUCAUACCAUUUCGAAGAUAUGGUUUCGAUGGGGAAGGAUGCUGGCAAAGAACUUCUAUCUAGAGCAGGUCCAGGCUUCUUUGAUUCUUGAAUAAUUAAACAACAAUCUAGCUUUUUUUUAUUGGUUGUAAUUCUAGGAAAUGUUGGUAAAUUCAGAUCUAGAUAUGUAUUUUUGAUGAGUGGUGUUAGAAUGUUAGAUUUUUUUAUUGCCUUGUAAUUUUAAUUAAACUAGUUCAUGUGUUGCUGGUGGAUAAUUUAUAAGUUAGUUAUUAUAAUCUUAUAUUAAAUUAUUUAAUAAUUAAAAUAA